AUGUUUGACAAUUUACAGCCAUUUGCAAUCCAGACAAAGUCUGACCCAAACGUUACGAUUAACGGGCUGAAAAGUGAAGAUGCCUCCUCAUCCAAGCCAGCUCUUCUCCUCAUUCAUGGCUUCCCUCAAACCCUCCACAUCUGGCAUCGUGUAGUCCCCCAGGUUAUCGACAAAUACAACGUGGUUCUUAUCGAUAUUCGCGGCUAUGGAAAGUCAUCCAAACCAGCCGGCGUGGCAUCAUAUGCCAAAAGCGCCAUGGCACGCGACUGCAUCGAUGUCAUGGACGCCCUCGGCCAUCACGGCUCGUUCUUCGUCUGCGCGCAUGACCGCGGUGCCAGAGUCGCUCAUAAACUCGCCGUCGAUUACCCCGAUCGCAUCCGCAAGUUUAUCUUGCUAGACAUUUGCCCCACGCUUGCCAUGUACACAAAGACAGAUUUCGACUUUGCAAACGCCUAUUUUCACUGGUUCUUCCUCAUUCAGAAGGAGCCGCUUCCUGAGACACUCAUCACUGCGAAACCCAGGGAGUUGGCUGAAAUGUUUAUGGGUGGUCGACAAGGCGAUGGAGUGGCGAUAUUUGAGCCUGAUUGCUUUGAUAUCUAUGCUAAGAGCCUGGAGGAUUACGCGACAGUACAUGGUAUGUGUAAUGAUUAUCGUGCCAGUGCGACACUAGAUCUUGAGGAGGCACGUCAGGAUUUGAAGAACGGGAGAAAGAUCAAGAGUCCUUUGCUUGUUCUUUGGGGAAAGCACGGGGUUAUUGAGAAGUGUUUCGAUGCUAUCAAGGAGUGGAAGGACGUGACAGAGGACGGCGUCUCCGUGCAGGGGCAUAGUGUUGAUUCUGGGCAUUACAUUCCUGAGCAGGCACCUGAUGAAGUUGUGGCGUCUAUCAAAGAGUUUCUAGUAUAG